GGCACAUCAGUCGAUAUGGGACCGAGAGAGUGGUGGGUGCUUGCGCUCUUGUGCUCCAGUUUCCUCGCCCAGGCCGCCCAGGCCGACCAGGCCGCCCAGGCCGACCAGGUAGACCCGGGUCCAGCGAGGGAGGCGUGUGUGGUACUGCAGGAUGACCUCCAGGACUCUCGCCCCGUCAAGCUCCCCUCCAACAUCACCGUCAGGCCACUCAACACAGACUGGCAGCUGGAUUUUACCAUCCUUGAUACAAGUGGGAAUCCUCUCGUCUGCGUUAGUUUCGAAAUUAAGGGACAGAAGAUUCAACUAGAGCUCUACGAUGGAGAAUGUGUGGACGAGAAUAUCAUAGAUUUUGAACGGUGGAGCCCGGAGCAUGUGAAGCUCGGAGACUGGACGAUGAUACACGUGGCUGUGGAUGGGAACAUCGCCGUGGAAGCAGACAAGAACGGUCCUACCGUCCUCUCAGCGACCUCGAGUCUACCUAAACACUCACUCCUUCAGGUAACACACACACGCUCAGUGAAGGUUGCUCUGGAGUGCCGCGUCAACUGUCCGGCCGACCGUGUCUCUGAGGCCUCGGGUAACAAGCUCAACACUGUGAAAGAAUUAUCAAAUCCCAAUGCGAGAUUUUUCUUCAAACCUAGAAAAGAUUUUAGUAGAUUAAACCUGGAGAUAAAGUGUGAAACACCAUUGGGCCAAGAGGUGCAUGUUGGUUCAACGGACAUAACACGGGACGAUGUGCAGAAACUCUCUCCCCUCAACCAGUGGCACAAGAUAUUCCUCGAGUACGACUACGACAAUAAGGUUUACGCCAUCAUCAUUGACUACAUAACGAUCCGGAAAGUAGAUAAGGGGAUCAGUGGCUGUAGUACCUUGAAGAACUACUUCGUGAGGGCCGAAGGAGAGGCAUUCUUCAACUUCGUCUGCGACCCCAGCAGCGGGGAGGUAGCCCACACUGCUCCGGAUGAGUUUCUACCUACCAACACAACCAGUUCUGUCGUGUUAACUCUUGUGCUGACUUUACUUGGCAUCUUCUUAGACUAGUGUUCCCGGCCCGGCUGUGAAGUUGUCUGUUCCACACCUGCUAAGCUGAAUUGCCCAUGCCCGGUUGUAUGAUCCACACCUGUCACGCUGGCUCACUCAAGUUCGGUUGUAUGAUCCACACCUGCCACGCUGACUCACCCAAGUCCGGUCGUAUGAUCCACACCUGCCACGCUGACUUACCCAAGUCCAGUUGUAUAAUCCACACGUGCCACGCUGACUCACCCAAGUCCGGUCGUAUGAUCCACACCUACCACGCUGGCUCAUCCAAGUCCAGUUGUAUGAUCCACACCUGCCACGCUGACUCAUCCAAGUCCAGUUGUAUAAUCAACACCUGCCACGCUGACUCAUCUAAGUCCGGUUGUAUAAUUCACACCUGCAACGCUGACUCACCCAAAUCCGAUUGUAUGAUCCACACCUGCCACGCUGACUCACCCAAGUCCGGUUGUAUGAUCCACACCUGCCACGCUGACUCACCCAAGUCGGGUUGUGUGAUCCACACCUGCCACGCUGACUCACCCAAGUCCAGUCGUAUGAUCCACACCUGCCACGCUGACUCACCCAAGUCCGGUCGUAUGAUCCACACCUGCCACGCUGACUCACCCAAGUCCAGCUGUAUAAUCCACACCUGCCACGCUGACUCACCCAAGUCCGGUCGUAUGAUCCACACCUGGUCGACUAACCAAACCUCCUGGCGACUGAGAGACUGCGUAGUGUGCGAUGCUGCUGCCCUCCGCUGCACAGUAUGAACCCCAAGUCCAAAGACCACCGGAACUCCGUGUUACAAGUCAGUUGGUCCAAAACCACACUGCCAUGUUGGGCAGUGGUUCAAAUGUGUGUUAUAGCACGAUGUUAUCAUUGUUACAAGUGCCUCAAGUCUGUGCUCCGGGACAGUGAUACCACACCGACCUGAGCCUCAAGUGUUCACACUCAAGUCCUCCACGUGACUGAGCAGACAAUCCUAUCGGUCUACCAAUCCAUAAAAAAAUUUAACUGUUUUCCCUUAGGAUAAACGUGCUCACCCCAGGCAGCCCACUUAUUACCCUAUUAGAGGCCCAUGUACACAAGAGGUCAAUAAUCUAAUAUCUAUAUCAUAUAAUAAUAUAUUAGCAUAUUAUAUUAUAGUAUUAUAGUAUCAAUUUGUGUAUCUUUUUACGUCGUAUUUUUAACGGAUUGGUCGACGCCGUAAAAAAAAAUAGUUUAGCAAUAAAAAAAAAGAGUUUAAAGAGACGACGUGUUGUGCAAACUCUCGUGGAUCACCUAGACUGUUGUUCUACUUAUAUUCGAGUUUGCCAGUGAUUGCAACUUCGUUUUUUGUUGACAUUGUUAAUGAUAUUGUGGAGGUGUGUGUAUGUGAUUUCCUGCAUAAUCCCUACGGCAGAGGUGCUGGCACUGCUCGCCUGCCCGAGGUGGUUAUGGCACCCGUGUUGUAUGAGUGAGCCACCGAGGUGGAUAUGGCAACUGUGUUGUAUGAGUGAGCCACCGAGGUGGGUAUGGCAACCGUGUUGCAUGAGUGAGCCACCGAGGUGGGUAUGGCAACCGUGUUGUAUGACUCAGAUUCAUUACAUGUACAGUGCAUACUGAUUAUAUGCAAUUACUUAUAUUUGUAAUAAAAUGCAAAAUAUAGUUCUUCAACUUAUAAA